AGGCAGAAGCAAAGCUGCAAAAGGAGCGAGAUCAGAAGCAAAAGGAGGAAUCUGCCAAAAGAUAUGCAGCUGCAAUGGCAGAGGAGGAGCGUCGGGAACGUGUCUUGGCCGCUGAGCGUCGGCGCCACGAGAUCUUCGAGGCCUUUGUAGCCAAGCAGAGAUCGAAGAAGACGAAGACAGAGGAGAGGCCAAGAAAUGAGCCACAUGGCUUUACUCCGCGAUCAGAAGAGGUCAGAACACAAGAAGGGCCAGGUUUCUUGCUGUCGGAUCGUCACAAAAAAGCUCUGAAGCGUUUGGAGAAACAGCGCGAAGGUGAAGUUCCAAAGGCUGUUGGCUCCUGGUGGGUCAUCGAUUUGGAAGUGGAGAAAUACCUGAAGCGUGAGGCACUUCAAGGAUUUGCUUGAUGCUUUUGAGCUGUCUCACCUGAGAGUGGCCAGAAAAGAAAACAGCCCGGGCAAGUGGCUACUAGAAGCAAGGACGCUACUAGGGGCUCCUGGCCUUACUACUAGGAGCAAGUAGCUACUAGGAACAAGAAAAGCGCUUGCCACUUUGGUGCAAAGAAAUCAGUUUAGAUGGGUUCCUUGAGGAACGCCACCCAAAAGUCCAUUGCAGAGCUCUGCAAAGAUUCCGCCUUUAAGAAGGCUGUUUUGAGCGAUCUCCAGCAAUUGGCUCGAUCUGCCAAGCUUUCCGGCUUUGAAGUGAUCAAGGCUGUCUACCUGGAGCCAACACCUUGGGACCCCGGUGGCGAGGUGCUGACACCAACCUUUAAGCUCCAACGGAACAAGGCCAAGGAGAAAUACCAGGCACAACUGGACCAACUCUAUGCCGAAUUGGAGGCUGGACCACCUUCGAAACUUUGAAAUUCGAGCGCUUCCAAAAUUCUUUUAGUCAGGGAACAGCCGAAAAAUGAACUUUGGCUGACCAAAA